AGCAGCACAGAGUAGCACUACUGCACGCGCGCAAACAGAUACCGGUUGGUUAAUUCACACGGACUGUUUACCAAGAAAGCACUGUAUCGUAUCGUUCCUCUCUCUGUUGAGUUUGUAAGCAACAGUGCAAAGCUGGAGGAACCAACUCAACAACCGCAACAGCAGUUGCCAUGGACCGGGACAGAGAGGCAGCCUCCCCCUUGGACCGACGAACUAGCCGAAAUGUCCCGGCAUAUCUACACCCGUCACGGUGCAGGCGAUGGACUCCAGAAGGUGAAUAGAGGGACCUACUUCAGACGCAGCCGGCUAAAGAGGUCUGACGGGAGCACCAACUCCACCAGCUUCAUCCUCAGACAGGGUUCAGCUGACUCUUACACUAGCCGACCAUCGGACUCAGAUGUCUCCUUGGAGGAGGAACCGGCAGGCGGAAAGCUGGAGAAGGAGCAGCAGGCUGCUGUACAGCUGGAGAGGGCCAAGGCCAAAGCGGUGGCCUUUGCUGUGAAGACUAACAUCAGUUACUGUGGAGCCCUGGAUGAGGAUGUCCCUGUGGCAGGAACCGCCAUCUCCUUCGAUGCCAAGGACUUCCUGCACAUUAAAGAGAAGUACAGUAAUGACUGGUGGAUCGGCCGGCUGGUGAAGGAGGGCUGUGAGAUCGGAUUCAUCCCCAGCCCUCUGAAACUAGAGAACAUCCGUCUACAACAGGAGCAGAAGAGGGGUACACGCUCUUACGGUAAGUCCAGUGGGAAUUCCUCCUCCAGUCUAGGAGACAUGGUUUCAGGCGGGUUCAAAUCCAACCCUCCCUCUGCAGGAAAACAGAAGCAGAAAGUGACUGAAAACAUCCCUCCCUAUGACGUGGUCCCCUCCAUGAGACCAGUGGUCCUGGUAGGACCGUCCCUGAAGGGAUAUGAGGUGACAGACAUGAUGCAGAAAGCGCUCUUUGACUUCCUGAAGCACAGGUUUGAUGGCAGGAUAUCUAUUACGAGAGUAACAGCAGAUAUAGCUCUGGCCAAGAGGUCAGUGCUCAACAACCCCAGCAAGCGGGCCAUCAUCGAAAGAUCCAACACCAGGUCCAACCUAGCGGAGGUUCAGAGUGAGAUUGAGAGGAUAUUUGAGCUGGCCAGAUCCUUACAGCUGGUGGUCCUGGAUGCUGACACAAUCAAUCAUCCAACCCAGCUCAUAAAGACAUCCUUAGCACCUAUCAUCGUGCAUGUUAAAGUGUCCUCUCCUAAAGUUCUUCAGCGGUUGAUCAAGUCGAGAGGAAAAUCCCAGAGCAAACACUUGAAUGUGCAGCUGGUGGCAGCAGACAAACUAGCACAGUGCCCUCCGGAAAUGUUUGACAUCAUUCUGGAUGAGAAUCAACUGGAGGAUGCAUGUGAUCACCUGGCAGAGUACCUGGAAGCCUACUGGAGGGCAACACACACCUCCCUGAGCACCCCUCUCAACCCUCUGCUGGGCCGCAACCUGGGAUCCACUGCCCUCUCUCCGUACCCCACAGCUAUAACUGGGCUGGUCAACCAACCGGGUCAAAGAAACACAAACAGAAACAGCAAUCACACAGCAGGAGAACACUCGCCAUCAGAUGAGAACUACCACAAUGAGCGGCAGAGGAAGAGCCGUAACCGCCUGUCCUCUGGCUCGCAGCACAGCCGGGACCAGGUCCACUACCCCCUGGUGGAGGAGAAUUAUCAUGACCCCUAUCAGGACACGUACAAGCCCCACCGCAACCGUAACGGCUCCCCCGGAAGCUACAGCCAUGACUCCAGGCACAGGCUUUGAGCUGAAGACCCCCUUAUGUCACUUAGGCCUCUCUUCCCUUCACAAUGGGUACGACACAGCCACACGACCACUCUCUAGUUUAAUUGUACUGUAACCAACUUUUUUUAUAAAGUGUUAGUACCUCGCUUUUCCUCUGGCACUGGUUCACGGUGAAAACGUGAACAUUGACCAACUAAAAAUCUAAUCUCUAUGCCUUUUUCUUAUGAGGGAGACAAAAAAUAGGAUGAGGGGCAGAUUUUCACCAUGUUUUUUUUCUAAGGGAAGGGCCAACUCUGGGCUUGUCUUCUUUUUAACAUGGCAGAGGCUUGACAUGUUGGUGUGAAAGGGGUGACCAUGUGGUCUGGCCAUCGACUCCCUGUUGUCUCAGUGUUAGCAGGGCUAGCUGUCGUGGUGGUAUUGGGGACCCAUCAACACCUGCCUCGAACCAGUGCCAGACAGCGUCAAGCGUCCCUCGAUCAGCACAGAACUUCUUUGCACAUUUCCAGGAGCCAAUAGCAGCAGAGUCAGUGCACUGUAUAUUUAAUUAAUGUCACUAAGUUGUUUGAAAUUGUCUUGGAUUUGAGUGUUUUCAGUCCUGUAGCCUACAACCAGUUUCUCAGAGUCGGCAAAGUUCCUGUUUGUCAAAAUGUUGAGGGAUUUUUUUUAGGGGGGUCCUGAAUCGGAAUCUUCUAGUUUCCAGGGCUUUUAUCCCCUUCUUCUCCUCAAUGAUACUUAGCUAAUGCCAUUAGGGUGGCCUAGUGGUUAGAGCAUUGGACUAGUAACCGAAAGGUUGCAAGUUCAAAUCCCCGAGCUGACAAGGUACAAAUCUGUCGUUCUGCCCCUGAACAGGCAGUUAACCUGCUGUUUGUAGGCCAUCAUUGGAAAUAAGAAUUUGUUCUUAACUCACUUGCCUAGUUAAAUAAAGGUAAAAAAAUCACACUUUUCUACUAAAAAUUUGCUAAGUAAAUUAAGGCACUUGCAAGUUUCAUAUCUUGUGCUCUUUCAGGAAAGGGUGCAUCCCUUCGUUAUAUACAGUACCUUAACACUCUAGUGUGAGGACUAUUCCUAUCAGUUUUUAGUAUGCUGCAACCAAGAGGAAAUAGUCUAAUUGAAGUUUUUCCAUUAGUACUCAUGACUAGGAAUAAAAUAUACAGUAGAGAGGGAUGAUAUGCCCAUUGAGCUUAAUUUUAACUGUUUAAAUGGGUUUCAUAAUUGACUAAUGAUCAAAGGAUAGGCUUUAGUAUAGAUGGAUAUACUUCCAAUCAGGGAAAUAUUGAUCAUUUGAAUUGAGGUAUACCACAUUCCAUUUACUGUACAAGCAGCCUGUUAUAGUGAUGCUUGUAUUUCCAUUUGCAUCAUAUUUUAUUGUCUUUUAAAUGGUCUUGUGAAUUCAAGUGUAAUAUUUUCAAAGAAAGUCCUGCUUGGCAAGUAAAGAAAUAACGGCUGUCCUUGGACCGACGUUUCAUUGGUUUAGAAUGAUCAAUGGCAGCAUGUCUUUUUGUCAAUAUACAGUAUGUCAUGGAAUAAUGAUUCAGUGCUGUUAUGUAUGUGUUAGGCCAGAAAAAUCCCUAUGAGACUGUAGUUGAGUGAGUGACUGUUGUUUAGGACAGUCUCAUUUGAACAAUUCAUUUAGUCAACAGUAACACAUAAGCGGAUGAGAGCGCUUCAUUCAGUCUGCUAUGAAGUUAUAUUGUUGAUUUAAUGACACAAAGAAAUUGUGAGUCUAACAUCAAACAUUUGGUCAUAAUUACUAUGUAAAGCGCUUUGUGUGUCUAGAAAGGCGAUAUAUAAGUAAAAUCAAUUCAUUGUAAUUAUUUGCCAACCAUCAGCUCUUCUUUUCAAUGCCCCAUUUAAAAGUCUUCCAUGUCCUGGCCAUUAAAAAUAAAUGAUGUUGUUUUUUAAUGAACGAUUUUACUUUCCUAAGCAUUGCAUAUCAAAACACCAUGACAAAUGAAUUGUUCAAAGCCUUAUUGCUUAGCCCAGGCCUUGUUUUAAACUUUUUGGGGGGGUACUGUAGCAAUGGAGGGGCUUCUCUCCUAUCCAUAUACAUAUCCUCAAAAUGUAGCAUUUUAUUUCAUAGUUUUUAUGGUCUAAAUGGUUAGGAACAAUUAUAGAGGUUUAGUCAUAUGAAGAGAGUGUGAAGGGUACAGACUAGGGAGUUCUGUAUAGAGGUUCAUGUCAAAGAAUGUCUCUCUGUAUGCUACCAGUUAUGCAUAGAUCACCAAUGUAUGUAUCAGAAACCUCCAACCAAACAAAUCACAACAUAUUUUAUUUGUUUUCUUCGAAUACCUUCUUCUGUUGCCAAGAUAGCUCGAUUUCUGUUAGUGCUGUAUUCUAUAAAGGCAUGCUGGUAAAGAGAAAAUAAUUGGACAAACUAAUCUAGAGAAAAAGAGAAAUGUACUAUGCAAAUGUGUACAAUGCUGCAUGUUGAUGCUUUUCCUCCCUCGGCUACUUAGCGGCUUCAUUGGAGUUCAAUGAGAUUGUGUUCUUGUUAUUUUUGUGAAAGAUAAAAUUCAAAAGGGAAAUGCGAAAUUGCAUGACUAAUACAAGUUUUUAAUUUAUCAAGAAGAAAGUUAAAUAUGUUUUAUGGGAAAUUGAUGUAAAAUGAGAACUACCUAGUUAAAAUGAACUUUUUUAUCAAAUAAAUUCAGAGUUCUG